AUGUCUAUAGUGGUCUCUCUGGGGAAGAACGCCCGUGGAUACCACUACAUCCUGUCUAACCUGGGUUUCUCCAAUGUGAGCUUGGACAAGGUCUUCCAAGGCGGGGCCAACAUAUCAGGCUUCCAGAUAGUGAGCCCUGAGAACUCCAUCGUUCAGCAGUUCCUACAGCGCUGGGAGAGACUGGAUGAAAGGGAAUUCCCAGAGGCCAAGAACACCCCGCUCAAGUACACGUCAGCUCUGACCCACGACGCCAUCCUGGUGAUCGCGGAGGCCUUCCGGUACCUGCGGCGCCAACGGGUAGACGUGUCACGCCGAGGAGGCGCAGGAGACUGUCUGGCCAACCCUGCCGUACCAUGGAGCCAGGGCAUCGACAUUGAGAGAGCUCUCAAAAUGGUCCAGGUUCAGGGGAUGACGGGGAACAUCCAGUUUGACAGCUAUGGCCGGAGGUCCAACUACACUAUAGACGUCUAUGAGAUGAGAACAGGGGGCCCGAAGAAGGUGCAGGUAUCCUACCUGUACACCAACCAGUAUUUCUCCUACCUGUACACCAACCAGUAUGUCUCCUACCUGUACACCAAGCAGUAUGUCUCCUACCUGUACACCAAGCAGUAUGUCUCCUACCUGUACACCAAGCAGUAUGUCUCCUACCUGUACACCAACCAGUAUGUCUCCUACCUGUACACCAACCAGUAUGUCUCCUACCUGUACACCAAGCAGUAUGUCUCCUACCUGUACACCAAGCAGUAUGUCUCCUACCUGUACACCUAA